AUGGAGGAAGAAAGGCCGUCUGCUGCUGUUGCAGCAGCAGAAACAAUCGAAGCAGGACAGGAUGCAGCAACAGCAGCAGCCGCUGAUGAUGAUGAUCCUGAUUCGAGUUUGAGCGAAAGUGCUGGUUCGGCAGCAGAAGGCUCAUCAGACGAACUUGAAGAUAAAGUAAGAAAGGGUGAAAAUGCUGUCCUGCGGGGGCACCUCCACCGACACAGGGGGCCCCACGUUAAGCUGCAGCUGCCGCUGGAGGGCAAUAGGUCAGGAGAAGAUAGGGACAGCAUAGGGGCUCUUUCCAGCAGCAGUGGCACCAGCAGCAGUAGAACAAGCAGCAGCAGCAGCAGCAGCAGCUGCAACGACAGUCUGCUGCAACAGGAGCAGUCCUCUGCUGCUUCUGAGUUCCAACUCCAGCUGCUGCAGACGCAGACAAAGGAUGCUGACGCGAUGCUGCAGCAACACCAUGGUUCCAAACUGCUGCUGACUUUGCUGCCGGAGAAGCAGCAAAAGCUUGCUGCAGUAUUCAGUGAGGAGGGGGGAGCAGAGAAGGGUGUCUUUCGUUUAACUAAUCCAGAGGAAGAAGACAAAAGAAUUUAUAUUCCCGCCUUCCUCGCUCCAUACUUUCAAGACGAACUGCCGCAGGGCCCCCCGAGCUGUACAGACACCCCCGAGCUGCUGCACACCAGACGGCCUCAGCAACAGCAACAGCAACAGCAACAGCAGCAGCCACAGCAGCAGCAAGAGCAAACUGCACAAGGGCCAGGCACUGUCGCAGCCAUCAAAAAGUCGAAGAUCUCACGCUUAGAAUGGAGCGAUGCAUAUUCUCCUCGAUCAAGGCAUUUACCAAGAAACAAGCAACAGGAAGCGAACAGGUUAGUGCGCGAGUUGCUGGUGCGGGAGCAGCAGCAGCUGCUGCAGAUGGGAGGUCUGCUGCAGCAGCAGGACGUGCAGCAGCAGCUGGAGGAGCUGCAGCAAGUGCUGCAGGGUUGGGACAAAGUUGAGGCCUACGACGCGCAACUCGAAGAGACAGAACGGAGACUGCAGGAGCUCGAAACAUCAAUUGCUGCUUCUAGACAACAACUCAGAGCGCAGUUCAAAGGGAUUGUUCAUUUCUUGGACUCAGCUGAGGCUGCUGAAGGAACUUCAGCAGGAGACAAAGGAACAGAAGCAGAAACUGGAGCAGUAGCAGCAACCUCGGCAUCUUCUGGAGAGGCGCAGAAACAGCAGCAGCAGGAAGCGAAGGGGGAGGAGCAGCAACUGCAAGGGCCAGCAGGCAUUUGUGCUCCCCUGCUGCAGAAGACACUAGACCCCGAGCUGGAGUUGCUGCUGUCACAAGACCCUUUGUGCUGCGGCUCUGCUGCGUUGCUGCAGCAGCGGGUGCGGCGGCUUAAGGGAGCAGCAGACAGCGAAAGCCUUAACAGGGUCCCGACAAACCUAAGAAAACGCCUACAAAAAGCUGCUGCUGCUGCUUCUGCUGCUGCUGCGGUUGCCGCUUCGUGUAGUAGUCCCACUGGCGAGCAGCAGGAGGGGCAACAACCCGCAGCCUCAGGGUCAGCAACAGCAGCAAAAGGAGGUGCAGCAGCAGCAGCUGGCGAUGAAGCCAACGCCGCAGGCACAGCGGGAACAGCCGAUGCAACACGGGCAGCAGCAGCAGCAGCCACGGAUGCACCAGCAAAGGCAGCAGACACUGAGCCCUGGAUAAUCGUAGCAAAACGCAAAAGGAGGCAGAGGGAGACGGACACUGCAAAGGCUUCGCGCUCAGCACUACAGAGAUCGCAACAUGCAGCAGCAGCAGCAGCAGCAACACCACCAGCAGGACAGCCUGCCACAGGAGCGCAGUCACUAACAACAGGGGAAGCGCAGCAUACAACUGAAGCAGAUAUAGCAGCAGCAACACCACCAGCAGCAGAACGCUGCUCCGCUGCAUGCGCCUCGCUGGAGGCAUACGCUGCAGCAGCUGCUGCUCGGGAGAAUGGGCCUGCCUUUGUGCACACCGAUGAUGCCUUGCAGCAGUUGCAGCGCAUAGACAAGAGGCUUGGAGAAAUCUCCAUGCAGCUUGAUGCUGCCUCUGCACCAACGGAACAAGCAGCAGCAGCGACAGCACCACCAGCAACAGUAGCAACAGCAGAAGCAGCAGCAGCAGCACCAGCAGCGGCACCACCAGCAGCAGCAGCACCAGCAGCAGUAGCAGCAGCCGUAGCAGCAGCAGGGAGGCUUUCUAAGGUUGAUGUGAAUAUAGCUGCGUCGUGUACAACAGCAAAGAAGUCGAUUAAAGAGGAGAGAGAGCACAGAGAACCAACAAAAGAGAUCCCGCAGCAGCAGCAGCAGCAUCAGCAGCUGCAGCAACAGCAGCAGCAACAGCAUCAGCAUCAGCAGCAGAUGCAUCUGGGAACCUACAUACAACGGGCCCCCCUCAAAAACACCACAGGUGCAACGCGACGAAUCUGCAGCAGCCGUUUCCGCUGCAAAAGCUACAACGGUAGCCGCCUGCGCCGUAUCAGCAGCAGCAAUAGCAGCAGAAAAGGCGUGCCUUUGGAGCAGAGGCACCGAAGUGUCAGCAACAGAGACACUCGGAGGGCCAACUGCCUCAAAGGCAACAAGCGCAGCGCUGCAGCAGGAGCAGCAGCAGCUGCUGCUCCUGCUUCCACAACAAGCACGGAGCAGAAGACUGGGUUCACCCUAGAGGCAACAGGAGUCGCGUAUAGCACAAAGCAGCAGCAGCAGCAGCAACAGCAGCUAGGUGAACAGGCUCAACACACGGAGGUGCAACAGCGGCGUCAGCAGCAAGAGCAGCGGUUGUCAGAUGUGGCGCCAGCAACAGCAACAGCCGCCGCCGCCGCCGCCGCAGCAGCAGAGUUAAUUCCUAAGAAGGGUGUGAUGGGGGGCUUUAUAAAGAGAAUAAAGAAACACUCAACGGGGCUGCUGCUGCAUGCAGCAUUUACUAAAAAGGCCCCACACGCAUUGGGCUCAGCACUAGAGGUGAAAGCCCUUUGCAAACCCUGGCAAAGACCAGCACCAAACGGACGUAUGCAGAACACUCAGCAGCAGCAACAGCAGCAAGAGGUGCAGCAGCAGCAACAACAACAGCAACAAGCGUUAGAUACAGCGGAGAAAACCCUCCAGCAGGAGUUAUCGGAGCAGCAGCAGCAACGGCAGCAACAGCAACAGCAGCAACGAACGCGCAGGGAUUAUUCCGUCGCCUUAAAAACGCUUUUGGGUUCAGCAGUGCAGCGGCAGCAGCAAAACAGCAAAACAGCAACAGGUGCAGGAGCAGCAGCUGGAGCAGGAGCAGGAGCAGGAGCAGGGGCCGCAGCGCAACGAACGCCCAGAUCCAAGCAGGGAACCCCGCGUAAGGGCACUCCCAGAUCUAGCACCAGCACCAGCAGCAGCGGCAGCAGCAACAACAACAAUAGCAACAGUAACAGCAACAGCAGUAGCAGCAGCAGCAGCUGCGCAACCCGCAUGGGUACAGACGUUCCCAAUAGCGGGGGAUGGAACUCUGAGCACUAG